GGCGGCGUUGCCAUUGGAUGCAGCGACGUGACAGGGCGGGGCGCCCGUGGGGCUGGGCACGCCGAGGGAAGCCCGGACUCUGGUCGCCGCUCCGAGUCACUCUCUCCCCGCAGGCUCCCGGCCCCGCUGAUCCCAGUUUCCCGUCGCCCGCGGUUCGCCGCCCCGCUAGCCGCCGCGAUGCCGGUGUUUCACACGCGCACGAUCGAGAGCAUCCUGGAGCCGGUGGCGCAGCAGAUCUCGCACCUGGUGAUUAUGCACGAGGAGGGCGAGGUGGACGGCAAAGCCAUUCCUGACCUCACCGCGCCCGUGGCCGCCGUGCAGGCGGCCGUCAGCAACCUCGUCCGGGUUGGAAAAGAGACAGUUCAGACCACCGAGGAUCAGAUUUUGAAGAGAGACAUGCCGCCAGCAUUUAUUAAGGUUGAGAAUGCUUGCACCAAGCUUGUUCAGGCAGCUCAGAUGCUUCAGGCUGACCCGUACUCCGUUCCUGCGCGGGAUUACCUCAUUGAUGGGUCUAGGGGAAUCCUCUCUGGCACGUCAGACCUACUUCUCACCUUUGAUGAGGCUGAGGUUCGUAAAAUCAUUAGAGUUUGCAAAGGGAUUUUGGAGUAUCUUACAGUGGCAGAGGUAGUGGAGACUAUGGAAGAUUUGGUCACUUACACAAAGAAUCUUGGGCCAGGGAUGACUAAGAUGGCGAAAAUGAUUGACGAGAGACAGCAGGAACUGACUCACCAGGAACACCGAGUGAUGCUGGUGAAUUCGAUGAACACCGUCAAGGAGCUGCUUCCUGUUCUCAUCUCAGCUAUGAAGAUUUUUGUUACAACCAAAAACUCAAAAAGCCAAGGAAUAGAAGAAGCUUUGAAAAAUCGAAAUUUCACUGUAGAAAAGAUGAGUGCUGAAAUUAAUGAGAUCAUUCGUGUGUUACAACUCACUUCUUGGGAUGAAGAUGCCUGGGCCAGCAAGGACACUGAAGCUAUGAAGAGAGCCCUGGCAUCCAUAGAUUCCAAACUGAAUCAAGCCAAAGGUUGGCUCCGUGACCCCAGUGCCUCCCCAGGGGAUGCUGGUGAGCAGGCCAUCAGGCAGAUCUUAGACGAAGCUGGAAAAGUUGGUGAACUUUGUGCAGGCAAGGAACGCAGGGAGAUCCUAGGAACCUGCAAAAUGCUAGGACAGAUGACUGACCAAGUGGCUGACCUCCGAACCAGAGGACAAGGAGCCUCGCCAGUGGCCAUGCAGAAGGCUCAGCAGGUGUCUCAGGGUCUCGACGUGCUCACUGCCAAAGUGGAAAAUGCAGCUCGAAAGCUGGAAGCCAUGACAAACUCAAAGCAGAGUAUUGCCAAGAAGAUUGAUGCUGCCCAGAAUUGGCUUGCAGAUCCAAACGGUGGACCUGAAGGAGAAGAACAGAUUCGAGGGGCUUUGGCGGAAGCACGGAAGAUUGCAGAAUUAUGUGAUGAUCCCAAGGAGAGAGAUGACAUCCUACGCUCCCUUGGAGAGAUAGCCGCUCUGACCUCUAAACUGGGAGAUUUACGAAGACAGGGGAAAGGAGACUCCCCAGAGGCUAGAGCAUUGGCUAAACAGGUGACCACGGCCCUGCAGAACCUACAGACCAAAACCAACAGGGCUGUGGCCAACAGCAGACCCGCCAAGGCAGCUGUCCACCUCGAGGGCAAGAUUGAACAAGCACAGCGGUGGAUUGAUAAUCCUACAGUAGACGACCGUGGAGUUGGUCAGGCUGCCAUCCGUGGACUUGUGGCUGAAGGGCAUCGGCUGGCCAACGUCAUGAUGGGACCUUAUCGCCAAGAUCUUCUUGCCAAGUGUGACCGUGUAGAUCAGCUAGCAGCCCAACUGGCUGACUUGGCUGCCCGAGGGGAAGGGGAGAGUCCGCAGGCGAGAGCACUUGCAUCCCAGCUUCAAGACUCCUUGAAGGAUCUUAAAGCCCAGAUGCAGGAAGCUAUGACCCAAGAGGUGUCUGAUGUUUUCAGCGAUACCACAACUCCCAUAAAGCUGUUGGCAGUGGCGGCCACAGCUCCUCCUGAUGCACCCAAUCGGGAAGAGGUAUUUGAUGAGAGGGCAGCCAACUUUGAAAACCAUUCAGGAAGGCUUGGAGCCACAGCGGAGAAGGCGGCUGCCGUUGGUACUGCCAAUAAAUCAACGGUGGAAGGCAUUCAGGCUUCAGUGAAGACUGCCCGAGAACUCACUCCCCAGGUCAUCUCUGCCGCGCGCAUCUUACUGAGGAACCCUGGUAAUCAAGCUGCUUAUGAACAUUUUGAGACCAUGAAGAACCAGUGGAUUGAUAAUGUUGAAAAGAUGACAGGGCUGGUGGACGAGGCUAUUGACACCAAAUCUCUGUUGGAUGCUUCUGAAGAAGCAAUUAAAAAAGACCUGGACAAGUGUAAGGUAGCCAUGGCCAAUAUUCAACCUCAGAUGCUGGUCGCUGGAGCAACCAGCAUUGCUCGUCGAGCCAACCGGAUCCUGCUGGUUGCUAAGAGGGAGGUAGAGAACUCCGAGGACCCCAAGUUCCGCGAGGCUGUGAAAGCUGCCUCUGAUGAAUUGAGCAAAACAAUCUCCCCGAUGGUGAUGGAUGCCAAGGCUGUGGCUGGAAACAUCUCUGACCCUGGCCUGCAAAAGAGCUUCCUGGACUCAGGAUAUCGGAUCCUGGGAGCCGUGGCCAAGGUCAGAGAAGCCUUCCAACCUCAGGAGCCUGACUUCCCACCUCCUCCACCAGACCUUGAACAGCUCCGACUAACUGAUGAGCUUGCUCCUCCUAAGCCACCUCUUCCUGAGGGUGAAGUUCCUCCACCCAGGCCCCCUCCUCCAGAAGAGAAGGAUGAAGAGUUCCCUGAGCAGAAAGCUGGGGAGGUGAUUAACCAGCCCAUGAUGAUGGCUGCCAGGCAGCUCCACGAUGAAGCUCGGAAAUGGUCUAGCAAGCCGGUUACCCCAGCUGCUCAGGUGGGUAUAGGAGUUGUAACUGAGGCAGAUGCGGCUGAUGCUGUUGGGUUCCCUUUCCCCUCUGACAUGGAAGACGAUUACGAACCUGAGCUGCUGUUAAUGCCAUCUAAUCAGCCGGUCAACCAGCCCAUUCUGGCCGCGGCUCAGUCCUUGCAUCGGGAAGCUACCAAGUGGUCUAGUAAGGGCAAUGACAUCAUUGCAGCAGCCAAGCGCAUGGCUCUGCUGAUGGCAGAGAUGUCUCGGCUGGUAAGAGGGGGUAGUGGUACCAAGCGGGCACUUAUUCAGUGUGCCAAGGACAUCGCUAAAGCCUCUGAUGAGGUGACUCGGCUGGCCAAGGAGGUUGCCAAGCAGUGUACAGAUAAGCGGAUUAGAACCAAUCUCUUACAGGUGUGUGAGAGAAUCCCAACUAUAAGCACCCAGCUCAAAAUCUUGUCCACAGUGAAGGCUACCAUGCUGGGCCGGACCAACAUCAGCGACGAGGAAUCCGAGCAGGCCACAGAGAUGCUGGUUCAUAAUGCCCAGAACCUCAUGCAGUCUGUGAAGGAGACCGUGCGAGAAGCAGAAGCCGCUUCAAUCAAAAUUCGAACAGAUGCUGGAUUUACUUUGCGCUGGGUCAGAAAGACUCCCUGGUACCAGUAGGCGCCUAGCCAAUCAUGGCUGGUAUAUAAGCAUCUGCUAGGGAGAAUGAGUUCAGAGUUACUGGGAGUAGAAAUCAAUUCCUGGUCUCACACACCAGAAAUGAAUGGGGGCUUCUCACACAGAAAACAUUUACACUCUUGUCAUGGACACUUCGGAAUGUGUCCUGUACGAACCCUGUACUCUCACAGUUACUCCUGUGCACAGUAGACUGGGUCUCUAGCCCAUGGAUUGCAUAAGCUCAGAGUAAGAGUGAACACUAUCUGGAAGCCAUGCUCUGCUCCAGGGAACAUACCCCUCUGUUUACAGUUCACCUACUCCCUUUCCCCCUUUAGGCCCUAGACUAGAGCUGAGACAAGUCAGUUAAUUAACUGUGCUUCCAAAAGUUAUUUUGGGUUUUCCAUGUUGCUGCUGACCCUGCCUGCCUUCCCUGGGCCAUGCAUCAUCACCACAGGAUAAGGUGGUCUCUGGGGAGGGUCAGCUUGUGUGGCCUGCAUUCAUUUCCUGCUUUCCCCCCAUGUAAUCCUAGUUCCUCACGAUGUAAAACCAGGAGGAAAUCACUAUUCUGUCUUUACCAUGCCCCUGAGUAAUAUCUGUGCUGGGGAAACUUCCUGCCUCACAUCCUGCCUUGCUUGGUUGCCAAGGUAACCAUCCAGCAAACACACUGGUGCUCUCUGCCUCUAGAGGAGCAGAGUAGCUGGGGUGUGAUCUUGCCCAUCCUCCCAAUGGGGCCACUCCCAGGUUCUCUAUGCUUUGUCACUGCCAGUGGAGGUCUGUGCUGACGCCUUAGCAUUCAUUCUUAGUCUUUCCUUCCUUCCUUCCUUCCUUCCUUCCUUCCUUCCUUCCUUCCUUCCUUCCUUCCUUCCUUCCUUCCUUCCUUCCUUCCUUCCUUCCUUCCCUCCCUCCCUCCCUCCCUCCCUCCCUCCCUCCCUCCCUCCCUCCCUCCUUCCUUACUUCCUUCCUUUUUCUUUUUUUAAUUUCUGAGCUGAAAUGCUGCAUUUAUUUUUAACCAACCAAAUCACCCCAGGCUUUGGCAGUUUUCUAUAUGCUUCUUACAAGACUUUAAAAAUACAUAGGUAUGUGUUUGUUUGUAAUCCUCCUUAGCCCCCACUUUUUUUUUUUUAAUUUUGAGACUGGAUCUUUUUAUGCUGUCAGGCUAGCCUUUGAACUUCAGGGUUCAAACAAUCUGCCUGCAUCAAAGUAUUAGCACCUACCAACCACACUUGGCUCCUUUUAAGUUUGGAAGGUCCAUUCAAAAUUAAGCCCUAAAAAUUAGGGCUUGCUCCUUAAGAGCCUUGAAUGGUAAGGCAGCCCUGUCUGAAAGAUACUUCUUGUGUAAAGGAGAUAGCAUUUGCAGAUUACGAUGCUGGUGCUGCUAGGAUAAAUCAGUAGAAACUAUAAUUCCAGUUGCUUUUAACCAACUACAGCCAAGUCUUUCCUCUUUUCCACAUAUUCAAGAGUAACGAGUAUCAGAAAGAGAGAGUGACUUUCCCAGUAUUUAUCCACAAGCAUUUCCAAGGACAUGAAUAUUACUUUCAGAAGUCAAUAAUCAGAUGAAUGGAGCGAGACCCUUUCCUGGAUGUUCUUCCCUUACCUACUGCGUUCAAUCCCAACACUGAAUGUGUAAACCUUAAGUUGAUCCUGUACACUCAGGCUUCCUUUAUUUCCUUUCAGCUGAUUAUUGUCAAAGCUCUCAACAUAUCUGUAGAGUUGCUUACCUGAUAUAAAUGCAUAUCAAUGCCUUUAAAGUAUGACUCUAUGCCAAAGAUCACCUUUUGUUUUAAAAAUUAUUAGAGGAACUAAGAAAAUCAUUUUUGCUCUCCAAGUUCUUCCAGUUCUGCCAGGUGUGCUCUCCUCGAGUGUCAGCGCUCACAGUACAAGGGG